AUGGCGGACCGGGAUAGCGACGGCGAUGACAAUGUUAAGUUUGAGUGGGAAAGUGAUGGUGAGCCUGAGCCUUCAUCGGCUCCGGCUUUCAGGAACUCGGAUGCUCCUGGCCCAUCCACGCUGGAUGCUAAUGAACGGGCCAACGAGGAAGCGCCGUCUACUGCUUUAAUUGAGGAAUAUGUAGCAAUGGGUUUCCCAAAAGAGAUAGUCGUGAAGGGAAUGAAGGAGAUCGGCCAUAGCGAUCCAGAUGCAUUGCUCGAGCUAAUUCUCACAUAUCAGGCACUAGGUGCUGAUGAUGCAGUGGGUAACUGCUCUACUUCUGGCUGCGCUCCUCAGAGUGUUGAAGAAGAAGAUGAUGAUGAUCUUGACUUUGAGCAUUGGGAUGGUGACGAUGAUGAUGUUGGUGGUAGAGAGACCAACUGUGAUGAUCCUGGUGAUGAGGAUUUUCUACGAGAGAUGUCACAGAAAGAUAAGAAGAUCAACUUACUAGUAGACAUGGGCUUUCCUGAAGAUGAAGCAAAUAUUGCUAUUAAAAGAUGUGGUGUGGAUGCUGAACUCUGUGUAUUAGUUGAUUCGAUUAGUGCAUCACUGGUUGCAGGAGAUUUCAAUUCCAGAAACAUAUCUAACCAUCAGGUUACGGAUAGAUGCUUUGAUUCGUUUGGAGGGAGAAAGAAAGCAAGAUUGAUGGAAGAGAGCAAGAAAAGGAGGAUGCAAUAUGCACAAGGCAGUGGACCCUCCUUUGCUGGUAGCCAUGACGAGCCAACGCGUAUCCCAGAUCCUAUGGUUGGAUUUAAUCUGCCCAGUGACAGGCAACCGUCAGUGAUCAGAACGCUUCCUGAACAAGCUAUCGGACCACCUUUUUUCUACUUUCAGAAUGUGGCCCGAGCUCCAAGAGGUGCAUGGACGACCAUUUCAAAAAAAUUCUACGACAUUCAACCAGAGUUUGUGGAUUCCAAGUAUUUUUGUGCAGCUUCAAGGGAAAGUGGGUACAUCCAUAAUUUGCCAAUUGAGAACAGAGAAGCUCUUCUCCCUUUCCCUCCAAAGACCGUAUUCGAUGCAUUCCCUCAUUAUAAGAAGUGGUGGCCUUCUUGGGACCCAAGAAGGCAGCUCAACUGCUUGCAAGCAAGUGUGGCAACUGCAAAGUUGACAGACCAGAUCCAGCGUACUCUUGCAAGAUCAGGCAACCCAAGUGUUCAGAAACAUGUGGUGGAUGAGUGCAAAACUUGGGAUCUUGUCUGGGUAGGGAAAAACAAGGUUGCUCAGUUGGAGCCUGAUGAGAUGGAAUCUCUGCUCGGUUUCCCAAGGGACCACACAAGGGGAGUCGUCAAGUCAGAGAGGUACAAAUCUCUUGCGAACUCCUUCCAAGUUGAUACAGUUGCUUACCACCUAUCAGUGCUGAGGGACAUGUUUCCCAAUGGUGUCAAUGUGCUGUCCUUGUCCACCGGAAUUGGAGGAGGAGAGGUAGCUUUGCACAGGCUUGGGAUCCGCAUGAGGACAGUGGUGUCUGUUGAGGAAGGCGAAACUAAUAGGAGGAUUUUUGAGGGUUGGUGGGAUCAGACCCAGACAGGCAAGCUGGUUCAGAUUGCCAACCUGAAAUCUCUCACUAAUGAGAGAAUUGCAUCGUUAGUUGGUAGAUUUCGUCGCUUCGACUUGGUGAUUGGGGGCAGCCAAGGUGAGCAAUCUGCUUUGUUGUACGACUACCCCAGAAUCUUGGAUGCCAUCAAGUCAGCUAUGGCAAGGAUGUAA